AGAUUAAAUGUAUUAAACCACACGAUGGAAAUUACUUCCAGAAUAUUUACAGCUGAUAUUUUUAGACUUUACAUUUUAACAGGUCAGAGGGUCAAAAAGUCAAAGCUAAAACAAUUGUCACGUGAUCAGUUCGGCGCAUGCCCAGAAGCUUCUGUAACGGAACUUUGGCUUUCAUCAUCUUUUCCUGUGUCUACACUGUCACGCAUGUUGGUGAACGGGACACCGCCGCCAAACUGACAUGUUUUAACUUGCGGAGCGAACACAGCUCUGUUUAUCUGUUAGCAUGAAGCUAACGGGCUUUAGCUUCUUCUUCUGUUGUUCUGUGCAACUUUUCAACAGCGUCAUGCUCCCUGCGUCAGGUAAGCCCGUACAGUCCGCCCCACCUGGCCGAGUAUCUGCAGCUGCAGGCACAGAUGUGAUCCUGCCGUGUGGCCUCACCUCGUCUUACUCCUCCUCUGGGGUCAGGGCGGUGGAGUGGACUCGGGUGGACGGUCCGUCACCGGUCACAGUUCACGUUGUCCGUGAUGGUGAAGAGCUGGUGAGGGAGAAAGCAGCAGAGUACCACAGGAGGACGGCCAUAUUGGAAGACGGUUCCUUGAAGUUAUUCGGUGUCCAACAGCGAGACAACGGCACCUACAGGUGUGGCCUUCUGAGAGGAUCGACUGUGGAGGACGUGUUUGUCUCUCUGUUUGUGGCUCAGGUGUCGGAGGUGUUCUUCUCUGUGAGGAGGUCCUCAGCCAAUCAGCUGCAGGUUCAGUGUGAGUCGAGCGGCUGGAGUCCGGAGCCUCUGGUGUCUCUGUUGGACUCCAGCAGGAACGUCCUUGCUGCGAGGGUCGAGUCCUCAGUCAGACCGGACUUCCUCUACUCUGUCAGGGCGCUUGUUACCACGGCAACAGCUGCUACAGCGACAGGAACAGGAAAUGGAACCUUGAUCUGUAGAGUGGAAAUCCCUGGAACGAACCUGGCCAACGAAAACAAGAUUCAUAUCACAGAUGAGUUCCAUCCUCCAGAGGAAGGACCCGGAUGUUACCUCGUGCUGCUGGUCGCCUUCCUGCUGGUGUUUGUCGUCACCGCCGUCAUGGUCUUUGUCGUUCCUCUGGGGAUGAUCAAGAAGCUGCGAUCUUCUCUGCAGCGUCUGACUGUGUUAUGCUACGGACUGAUCAGACGGGAGACAGAGGGACAACAAGAGGAUCAGCCACUUCUUGGAGAGUACGGAGACAUCAGCAGAGUGGACACAACAGGAGCUUCUGAACACCUAGCGAGAGCCAACGAGUCGCUGUGCAGAGGAGUUUCUGGAGUUGAAGCCUCCCAGAGGCUGGCAGACAGAGAUCUGCAGGAAAUGCUGAAGUACAAAGAGACGAUCAGCAGCGUGGGAAACAAACUUGGUGUCCACCCUGCUCUGAUCGCCGCCAUCAUCUCCAGACAGUCUCAGGCUGGAACCUCCCUGAGACCCGACGGCUACGGAAAGGGCGACCACAACUGCUUCGGCCUCAUGCAGAUCAAUAAGCAUUACCACGCGGUGAAAGGACACCCGUUCAGUGUGGAUCACGUGGAUCAGGGAGUCACCUACUUCAUCCAGCUCAUAAAGACCAUGGAGAGGACGAAGCCGGACUGGACCAAAGAGCAGCAGCUCAAAGGUGCGUUGGCGUGUUACAUCUCAGGUGAGGAGCGAGUCACCCCUCUGUCAUAUGACCAGGUGGACAGCGUGACGCCAUACGGAGACUUCGCCAACGACGUGGUUGCCAGAGCGCAGUGGUUCUCCCACAACGGUUUCUGAGUGUCAGAACACUUCCUGUUUCUUCUUGGUGUUUAAGGAGCGUUUCUUCGUUCGACUCACCUGCAGCUCGUACGCAUUGCUUGUGUUAGGUUUCAGACUGUCGUCCACCUGAACAAGUCUGAGCUCAGUUUUACUUUGAUGUUACAUUUACAGUGUUUAAGACAGCGACAGUAUUUAUGUUUAAAAGUGGUUUUAAAUGUAGUUUGCACCUCUGAGCUGUUUUUUUGUGUCUGCCUCUGUGAUAGCUGAGGCUGAUUCGUGCGUCCAUCUGUCCGUCCCAUUCUCAUGACCGUGAUAACUUCAAGAACGCCAUGGGGGAAUUUCUUUAAAUUUGGCACAAACAUUCACUUGGACUCUGAUGAACUGGUUAGAUUCUGGUGGUCAAAGGUCAACAGUCAAGGUCACUGUGACGUUGACUGCCUCAUUUUUGUCAAUGCGAUAUUUCAAGAAUACCAUGGGAAUUUCUUCCACUUUGGGUCAUGGGUGAACUGAUUAGCAUUUGUUCAUCAAAGGUCAUAGGUUAACGUCACUGUGACCUUCUCUAUUAUAUUCUUGUGUAUGCGAGAACACGUUGAAGGAAUUUUUUAAAACUCAGCACAAACGUUUACUUGGAUUCGACUAUGAACUAAUUAGAUUUUAGUGGUCAAAGUCCAAGAUCAGUGUGACCAUGCAUCAGUCUCAUUCUUGUAAACACAAUAUCACAAGAAUACCUUGUGGGAAUUUCUUCAAAUUUGGCACAAACAUUCACUUGGACUCUGAUGAACGAGCUAGAUUCUGGUGGUCAAAUGUCAAGGUCACUGUGACCUUGUCUGUCUCAUCCUUGUAGAUGCACUAUCUCAAGUAUGCCACAGGAAUUUCUUCAAAUUUGGCACAAACAUCCUCUUUGGGUCAAGGAUGAACUAAUUAGCAUUUGGUGGUCAAAUGUCAAAGGUUAAGGUCACUGUGACCUCCUUUUUUGUAUUCUUGUGAAUGCAAAAAUAUAUUGAGUGAAUUAUUUUUUUCAAAUUUGGCACGUUUCCUUGGACUCGACAGUGAACUGAUUCGAUUUUGGCGGUCAAAGGUUAAGGUCACUGUGACCUUGCAUCAAUCUCAUUCCUGUGAACACAAUAUCUCAAGAAUACCUCGAGAAUUUCCUUAAAUCUGACACAAACGUCCACUUGGACUGAAGAAUAAACUAAUUUUAAUUUGGUGGUCAAAGGUCAAUGUGACAUCACAAAACAUGUUUCUGUCCAUAACUGAAGAAUUCAUUCACUAAUUCUGACCAAACUUGACACAAAUGUCUAACAGGAUAAAAUAAUGAAGGUCAAAAGGUCAAAGGUCAGCUUGACUGUGACAUCAUCAUGUUUUAACGUCAUAUCUCAGGAACAGAAGGGGAGACAUUUGGUCAGAUACUGAAUUGGUGACUCUAAUCUUGAAACUGUGUUGAUUGUAUAGAUCUUCUGUGUGUGAAGCAUCCAUGUUUUCACUGACAUGGAUGGAGACUGUCAGAGACACUGGACUGGUGAGCGGAGUCAUACAACCACAGGGUGGACUGGUGGGCGGAGUCAUACAACCACAGGGUGGACUGGUGGGCGGAGUCAUACAACCACAGGGUGGACUGGGGGCGGAGUCAUACAACCACGGGGUGGGCUGGUGGGCGGAGUCACACAACCACAGGGUGGGCUGGUGGGCAGAGUCACACAACCAGGGGGCAGUGCUGCUAGUCUUUUUAAUGUUCUUUAACCGUUCAUCUCCACAGAUGUGAUCUCUCUCUCAGUCACUGGAACAUGAUGCUGUUCAAUGUCUCUUUAAGAGAAUAAAGACACAGUCACCAACAUGUGGUUUGUGUGUCUGAACUGGUUUCACCUGCUGUGUUACUGGGGUUACUGGAGUUUGUUGGUCAGCGCUCAUUCUUACCCACUAA